AUGUCCGACUCACCAAAGCAACCGUUCGCGUUUCCGCGAGUAUCUCUACUCCCGAGCGGGUUUCUCACACUCCCCGAGCACUUCUUCUGCGCCGACCAGCGAGAUAAAUCUAUCCGAAAUACUGUUCCAUCCAUGUCAUUUCUGAUCCAUCAUCCCAGUUCAGACUUUAAGCUGGUCUUCGACCUCGGCAUGCGGAGGAACCUGGAUGAAUACCCUGCAGACAUUCAACCUCAUCUGUCCACACGAUUACCGAUCCACACAUUUCCAGAUGCCAGUGAAUCUUUGCGACGAGGUGGUUUGACUCCAUCCAGCAUCAACGCUGUUAUUCUCAGCCAUGUUCACUACGAUCAUGUGGGCACGCCCAGCGACUUCGAAAACGCGUAUUUCAUCGUCGGAUCUGGGACCCACCAUCUUCUACAACAUGGGAUGAACUAUCAUUCUGCAGCCAAGUUUGAGAAAGAUCUUCUUCCAAUCGGUCGCGUGAUUGAAUUACAAGAACCUCGACGCCCAGGCUCAGAGAGCGAUGGUGGAUCUGCACGGCCAGCAAAUCCACGACUUGCUCAACUGGUGCCCGGUGUUUCUCAUGACUGGAAACCAUUUGAACCAUUCGAGAACGUAAUAGACCUCUUCGGCGAUAGCCUCAUCCUCAUAGUCGAUAGCCCUGGCCAUCUCAUCGGGCACACGAAUCUUCUCGUACGCGUUGCACAGGAUCAAUACGUGUAUUUUGCUGGAGAUGCGUGCCAUCAUCGAAGAAUUUUGGAUGGUGUGACAGAGAUGUCUGAAUGGGUUGAAAAUGGCAUGAAUGUUUGCAUACAUAUGGAUAAAGCACUUGCAGCCGAAACAGUACGAAACAUUAGACAAAUUCGCGACGAGGGGCUUGAAGGUGUGCCACAGGUAGAGGUUAUUUUGGCGCAUGACGGCGAAUGGUUCGAUCAGCACCAGGAUGCCAUCUUCCCUGGGUAUUUUACGGCUUGA